GCAAAUGUAAAUAAAUUAGCAAUCUAAACUACACCUAUCUCUCGUGGAAGAGAAUCAUAUUAUUAAUAAAGAAAUAGUGAAAAUCAGAGUGAUUAGUGAGAGUCAUUGAGGUGGUGGAUUUUAUCAAGAAGUAGCAGUAACUUGAUUGAUAUAGAUUAAGAAAUUUUGUAAUCGUAAGUACAAAAGAUCUAUACUUGGUCAUCUGUUGGCGAGUAUUCAAUCAGUGGAUGGUUCAAGAUAGCUAUAAAGGAGAAUGUAAAGAUGAUAAUAAUCUCCUAUUUUGUAGGCGCU